AUGCAUUGGUAUAGCUAUCGUUGGCUCGCAGUGCUAAGUCUCUUGCCAAGCGUGGAUGCGGCAACGUGCACGGACGCCGAGACCACCGCCGCGCUUGCACCGUACUCGACCGCGAUCACCAUCGACAUUCAGCUCUGCGCCGCCGACAUGGGCUACACGCGGGCUGACCUGCUCGCUGGCAAGUUUCUCUCAUCGUCGACGACACCAGCGCAAGUGACUGCGUUUCUAAAGAGCGCCAACUGCCGAACGCUCUUCAACUUGUACCAAAUCGGCACGAGCUCGCUCUCGUGCUCGACGGGCUACCAAGGCGUGACGUUUGAGCAAUUCGCCGCAACGAUCAUCCCCGGUACGUCGGCCGCACCGGCCACAAGCAAACCGGCGACGGCCGCGCCAGUGACGGCCGCGCCA